AUGGAGGCGGCGGCGGCGGCGGAGUGCCGGGUGCUCUCCAUCCAGAGCCAUGUCGUGCGCGGCUACGUGGGCAACAGGGCGGCCGCCUUCCCCCUGCAGGUUUUGGGGUUUGAAAUUGAUACUGUGAACUCUGUCCAAUUUUCAAAUCACACAGGUUAUGACCACUGGAAGGGGCAGGUGCUAAAUUCGGAUGAACUUCAUGAACUAUAUGAGGGAUUGAAGCUGAACAAUGUCAAUAAGUAUGACUAUGUACUUACAGGCUACACAAGAGACAAAUCAUUCCUUUCAAUGGUGGUUGAUAUUGUCAAAGAGCUAAAGCAACAGAACUCCAAUCUGGUAUAUGUGUGUGAUCCUGUGAUGGGUGACACGAGGGAUGGAGAAGGCUAUAUGUAUGUUCCAAAAGAUCUUCUUCCAGUUUACAGAGACAAGGUUGUGCCUGUAGCAGAUAUAAUAACACCUAAUCAAGUUGAGGCUGAAUUACUCACUGGCAGAAAGAUCCGCACUGAAAAAGAUGCUAUAGAGGUAAUGGAUAUACUCCAUAAUAUGGGACCAGAGACCGUAGUAAUCACCAGCUCAGACCUUCAGUCACCUUCAGGAAAUGAUUACCUGAUAGCAUUAGGAAGCCACAGGAAAACUACAGCAAAUGGCUCCACAGUGACGCAGAGAAUCCGAAUGGAGUCUCCGAAGGUGGAUGCUGUCUUUGUUGGAACAGGGGACCUGUUUGCUGCCAUGCUCCUGGCCUGGACACACAAACAUCCCGACAAUCUUAAGGUGGCCUGUGAAAAGACAGUAUCAGCCAUGCAGCAUGUUUUGCAGAGGACCAUCAAGAGUGCAAAAGCACAAGCUGGAGAAGGAAAGAGGCCUAAUUCAGCCCAGUUGGAACUGAGGAUGGUCCAAAGCAAAAAGGACAUAGAAAACCCAGAGAUAAUAAUAACCGCUACUGUGUUAUAAAGGUUGUAUAUCUCCUAACAACGCACAAUGUUAUUGAUGUCCUCAUUUUCUUUCCUGUAAAUUGUAAUGUUUGCCUUAGAUCUGUGACAGAAACCUGACUUCCAUGAAAUAGUGCCCCCAGCAUAGAUGAGAUCCACUACCGAGCACAUGUGCUGGCCUUGCUUGGAUUAAGAAGG